AUGGCGGGAGGGUUCCUGCUGGAGAUCAGGCGGGGGACGCAGAGCGCCUUGCUGGUUAUCCGAUUAAUACGUCCUCUUCUCUCUAUAGAUUUGGUUUAUACUUUGAGGGAAAGUCUGAAACCCCAGAAGAGUUACGUUUUUUACUGUCAAUCCUGUGGUGACAUCAUAGUAAAAGACCGGAAAUUUCUCAGAGUUCUUCCUCUACCAAGUGAAAACUGGAGUGCUUUAGUUGAAGAGUGGUGUUGUCAUCCUAACCCUUUUGCCAGAAGCACUUUGCACCCUCAGCGUGAUGACUGUUUUCUUGGAGACACUUUUUUUCUGCUGAAUUCAGGAAAUGAAUCACACGUGCCUGAAUCUCCCACGUGCUGCUCAGAGGCUGGAGACCGUCCUUCUCAGAGUGGCUCCAACUUGAAAUCAAAGGAAAAUACCAGAGUAAUUUGUAAGCGCUGCAAGACGAUGCUGGGAGAAACAGUAUCAGCAGAUAUCAUUAAAUACUAUGUUACCGAGGUGAUUAUUCGACCAUCCGAGGAAAGUUUCAGCCCAACACCAAGGUCUCAAUUCCUACAGAGUGUGGUUGCUCAGUGUCUGGUGGAAUUGUCCUCUGCUAAAAGCACGUUUAGAUUCACCAUAAAAGGAGAUGAUGGAAAAAUCUAUAUUCUGAUCUGGCUUCUAAAUUCUGACACAUUGCUCGUGGAGUCUUUAGGAAGUUCAUCCUCCCACAGUGUUUUCACACUGUUUGGAGAUAUUUUCCUGCCUAGCUCUGGACCAGUGGGGGCCUGGGAUGCUGUCAAAGUCCUUUACCAGCCAUGCAUUAAAAGCAGGAAUAAGGACCUCGCUGAUGCUUGGGAAGGUGAUAUUGGAGUUCAUACUUUAAAGUUUCCAUCAGAAACAUGUAUGGAGUUACUUCUGAUACUGGGUUUGAGUACCAUCUCUCUGCCACCUUCACUUCGAUGCAUGAACUCUUUUCAGGUCGCCUUUUUGAAGAUGUGAAGAAUACAGAUACCUGUGUUGAAAAUUCUUCUCAAAUUGCUUUUCAGAAGAAAAGUACAGAUAACUUCCAACAGUGUGACUUCUAGAAAAAAAUCCAGUGGUGAUACAGGACAGAAUGGGGGGUGUGGUGUGUUGUUCUUCGUAUUGGGAUGUGUUUCAAAACCAAAGAGGGAGAGUCAACUUUUGCAUCUGGUACGUUCUUAGAUGUAAUUCUUCAGAGUGACUUACCUGUCACAUCGAGCUGGGACGACUGUUAUGAUCUCUUCAUUGCCAAAACCAAAUUAUUUAUGUGUCUUAGCACUGCCUUUAUCAGACAGUGUUUGAUAGUGACCUGUAUGUCCCUACCUGGUAGCAAAGGGAGGUUUUAAACCAUUUAACGUCAUGAAUACUAACGAAAGUUCUUCACUUUCUUUUUUCUGGUAAAGUUAGAGGUCCGUCUUUAAAAUAUAAAUCUGGUUUUCGUCAGACUUAGAUGUUUGUCAUGUAUAUUGUUUCCACAGUAAGGUUUACCUUCGUUCUUGAGAGAGAAGGAGGACAUUUUCUGUAUUCCUACUCCUCAUGUAGAAUUUUUUUAAAUUGAUAAAGUUCUGGAGAAACUUACUCAUGAAAUGAUCAUCAUGUGGGACGUGACCCUGCGAAGUGUUGGACACCUUCUUUGGGUUUUACACAUCCAGAGAUGAGUAGCUGAGACCUCCCAGAACCCAGUCUGGAUAUCAUCUUAUUUUUAUGUUGUUAUUUUGGUUUUCAGUAUUGAAGGAAGAACAAAAAUAUUCUGAGUUUUGUAUUCAGGGACUAAAUUAUCUAGCUCCAAGGUAUUUUGUCUACGCACCAAUGUUCAGUCAU